AUGGCUGACUUCUGCAGGCUGUUGCGGGUGAAGCAGUUGAGGACCACAGUCUACCAUACCCAGACUGACGGACUGGUUGAACGCUUUAAUCAGACUCUGAAGCAGAUGUUGAGACGAGUGGUCGUGGAGGACAAACGCGACUGGGACCUUAUGAUACCCUACGUCCUCUUUGGGAUCCGUGAAGUUCCUCAGGCCUCAACUGGCUUCACGCCCUUCAAGCUCCUCUUUGGCCGGCAACCCCGCGGCCUCCUGGAUGUGGCGAAGGAGGCCUGGGAACAACAGCCGGCAGCCCAUCGCUCGUUGAUCAAGCACGUGAAGCAGAUGAGGGAAACGAUCGACCGGGUAAUGCCAUUAGUCCGGGAACACUUAAGUAAAGCGCAGCAGGCUCAACAGCGCCACUACAACCAGGCAGCCCAACCACGGGAGUUCCAGCCCGGAGACCGAGUCAUGGUCCUAGUCCCCAACGCUGCGUGCAAGUUCCUGGCCACCUGGCAGGGUCCCUAUACGGUGCUGGAAAAGAUUGGGCCGGUGACUUACCGUGUGCGUCAGCCAGGAAGGAGGAGAGCCGAGCAGCUCUACCACAUCAACCUUCUGAAGAAGUGGGUUGGGACUAGAGACCAGCUUGCAGCUCUCGCCAUCUCUGAUCCCGUGGUUGUUGACACCAGCGUCCUGCAGCACGACAUCUGGACGCCGCCAGGGGUCGUCAUCAGGCAACGGCCCUACCGCGUCAAUGAGGCUCAUUGGCGUGCUAUACAACAAAUGUUGAAGUUGGGGGUGAUAGAACCAUCACGCAGCCCAUGGUCCAGCCCAAUCGUGAUGGUCCCAAAACUGGACGGCACCCUCCAUUUCUGCAAUGACUUCCGCCGCCUCAACGAGGUCUCCGAGUACGACGGAUUCCCCAUGCCUCGGGUGGAUGAGCUACCGAGUGCCGCGUGGAUCUCUCCUCAAAAGCUUGAGUGUCCGAGGAAAGAGAACGUCAGCAUUUGUGAAUCAGAUUCCACGGAAUACAAAACGUCCAAGAAUUCCAAGCUCGGAGAAGAAAGAACAAUAUCAAGUGCAAUCAUGAGACGAAGCUCCAGCAAGCAAGGCUUGCAGAACCUCCUGAGAGUGACGGCUCAGCGAAGUAUCGAAGAUGCUGAGGAGAUCGAGAGAGAAAGGCGACUUCGGGCCCGGGAGGCCUUCCGCAAUAAACAAAGCCUGUCUGGAUCUGCCGGUUUCCCUCAGGACAGUGUGAACCCACCUGAAACCGGCCUCUAUGAAAGUGAAUUCAAACCUAGCAGUUCGACUGCUGUGGAUGAGGAUGAAGGUUUCAGUGACUGGACCCAAAAGCUGGGACAGAGAACAAGGUCCAGAAUGGCCGAGAACAGCAGUGGAGAACAGUUACAACAGGAGGAGAAAGACGUGAAUGAGAGAUCUAGACAAAGUGACAAAAGCAGCUUCACCACUUCUAUACAGUAUCAGCAAAUACAGGACAGAGAGGAUGAGGAGAAAAGACCAGAUAGGUGGAGGAGCCCUGAGAGACGAAUGGAGAUCAGUGAGAGGGUGAGCAGCCCGAGAUCAGAGGAAUGGCAUGACGACAGCAAAAGAAGACAACAGGAAAUAACACCACAGAUGGAGAACAAGAUGAAAGAGGAGAGGAAGGAGAUGAAGGUGUCAUAUACAUCGAAAGUAUUCCUACAGCAAGACAGAAUGCCUAAUGGCAAUGGAGAGGCAGCUGCAGAGGAAAUUACAUCACAUCUGGUCAAAACCAAAAGAUCACCCAGCAGGACUGUAGAUGUAGAUCAGGUCUUUGAGACUAAGAAGGACAUGGACGCUGGUCUGGAGACCGAGCUGAAGCUGGAGAAGAUCAGACGUAGCCACCAGGAGAAGGAGAGCCAAGGAAUGGAGCAGCUACGGCAGCGUCAGGCCGAGGCUGAGCUGGAGCUGGAGGAACUGAAGAAGAAGAGAGAGGAACGACGCAAGGCUCGUGAAGAGGAGGAGCAGAAGAGAGAGGAAGAGGAACAGCAGAAACUAGCCAAAAAAGAGGAGGACAAGAGACAGAUGAAGGAGGACAUUGAGAGGAGGAGAAUGGAAGCAGCGGAGAAGAGAAUGAAGAAUCUCAACAUCACACCUACAGAUGGCGAUGAUCCAUUUAACCCUCUAAACCCAAUAAGUCCAACUUUCAAGGUAACUAAGAGGACACGGGCUCUACACAGAGAUUAUAGAAUCUCUAACAGUUUCAAGAAGACCCAGAGACCCGUACUUCUGCCCAAGAUUGAUGACAAACUGGAACAAUACACUCAUGCAAUUGAGAUCUCCUCUAAAGACGCAAAAUUGACUAAGUCAGCAGCAGUUGACAUGCCCAGUGUCUCUGCUCCGGUGACGUCCAAAAAAAACCUGUUUGAAGCAGGAGAGGCCUGGAGUCAAAGCAGCCCGAAAGGAACACCUUUGAAGGAUACAGACUGUGUGAAAGUGGGUGUAGCAAACCUGAUCAACCAUUGGGUGAAAGGUCCAGAAGGCGGGAACAGACACUCCCUUUCCACACCAUCUGAUGUUAAACCUGGAGAUGUUCUGCAGAAAAAGAACAUGUGGGAAAUUGUUGGAGAAGGUUCUGCAGGAGAGAGGUCAGGACUGGGAGGAAAGGCCUCCUCCUCGGGUAAACGGUACAAGUUUGUUGUGACAGGCCAUGGAAAAUACGAGAAGAUUUCCACUGAUGGUGAUCAUUACAGUGUCUACCCGAAUGGAAAAACAAGUGAGGAGAAUUUUCCAGCGAUCGCUUGUGAGGAAUUAAAUUCUGCAAUAACAUCUUUCCUGAUUCACCAAGAACACAUUAAUUGACAUAUAUGUAGUACAACAUUUCAAUCAACUUUUCAAAACAAUUACACUACAUAAUGUGCUUUUGUGUUUUUUUUUAUGAUUGUUCCAUUUUUAAAUGUUCUAAUGGCAUGGCUUUGAAAUGUUUUCAUCUAUUGUAUUCAUCUAUUUGUCUCACACACACACACACACAAAUAUAUAUGUGUGUGUGUGUGUGUAAAAUUAUUCUCAGACCUAUUGAAUUAUUCUGACCGAUCGCAACAGAAUAAAAGGUCUUAGUUUCUUUUAUUUUUUCUCAGUAUCAUCUACAGUAUUUGUGCUGAUAGUAUGCCCACUUCUAACAAUGUAUGAGUAUGAACUGAAUGUGAAUGUCAAAUAGAUCAAAGUCAUGACUUGUCAACUGUUUUUAUAUUGAUUUUCUAUGCUAUGUUUAUGCUAUGGCACAUUGUUUCAUUUAUAUAGACUUGAAUAGAUAAAAGGUAGAAUAAUCCAAAAACAUAUUACAAAAUUCCUGCAGCUGAUUCUUAUGCAUUUUAAGCCACAACCAAUAUUUUACUGUUAUAUUUUAUUACAAAUAUGACAUUGAUUUUCUUUUUGGUUUUCAUGAAAACACUGGAAUUACUCCAUUUAUCAUAUUUAUAAU